UAAGUUUUUGCUGCCCUGUCAACAAACAAUAUGCACCCCGGCCUCACCAUAACAACAACUCGCAGCUCUAUCUCUCAAUUACCCGCCAAAAAGGUUUCUCCCAAUUCGACGCCGUUUAUGGUUUUGGCUUGAGUUAGGGUUUUGUCAAGGAUGGAUUCGGUUGAAUCCGGAGUGAAAUUGGGUGAGAAAAGAUCGGCCGAGGAUACCGCUGGAGGAGGAGGAGGAGGAGGAGAAGAUGUUCCGCCGGCGAAGAAGCUGAGGCAUGGAGGCGCUGUGGUUGGUAAUAUGAGGAAGGUGGCGGAGAUGGUUUUGGUGUUGGCGGCCAUGGGGAAAAUGAGGGGAGGCAAGGUUCCGACUGGUGUUGAGAAGGAGAUUAUGGCGGCCGCUCGAGAGAAGUUAGUGGAGGUUUGUGAAUUGUUUCCGCCCAAGGAUGUGUUUCCCAGGGAUGUUUUUGGGGCACUUAUUGAGGAUCUCGGGCUUAAUAAGGCGAGGGAACAGAGGUUAGGGUUUCGGCCGCCCAAGAUUACCAUUGCUGAGAAGUUAUUGCUUUCCAAAAGAAAGAUGGAAAAAGCUGAGGACUUUACUCUACCUUCUGCUCAACACUCAUCGCAAAGAUUGCAUACAAAGUCUGGUGUGGCGGUUGAAAAUCGUGCUCCACCCCCUGCUGGCCGUGUUUUUGCCACAGAUAAACCUAGUCAUAUACCAAUUUCUUCUGGAAGCUUCCAACCUUCACCUCUAGGUCAUGUAGCUGGUACAACAUUGACAUCUUUACCAUAUCAGCUACCUACAAGUGAAGUAAGACCAACAACUCCCAGUGGAUUGCCCUCCAGUAAUAUGGCAAGGGAUGCUACUCCAGUUGCAUUGCCUAGGAUUGAAAGAUUCAGGUUGGAUGGAAGACCAAAUGGAUCUUUGCCAACAUCACAAGUGCAAGCAAAUUCUUCUGGGGAUCAGCCCUCUGUCAAAACGCCAGCUUGGUCUCUGCAACCCCAAUCUACCACCGCACCCCCUAAAAUUGGAGCUGAGAAGGUGCCUGCGAAAGCUACCGUUAAAGUUGAGGGAGCAACUGAUGCCAAGUCCAGAAUAGGCCCACAAAUUGCAAUAUCAAAACCACCAGUAACUCAGAUUACAACUGGAAAUCAUGCAGUUGGUGUAAAUCAGCAUUUGCAAGGCACAAACACUAUUCCGGCUCCCAUACCAAGAAAUACCCAUGCUGAAAUUGGUAAAAUUGUUCAAAAGUUAUUACAGCCACGGGUUUCUGAGCGCCCUGUCUGGACUCCACCGUCUAGGGAUUACAUGAACAAGGCUUCGACUUGCCAAACAUGCAAGUCUACCAUAAAUGAUGUGGACAGUGUUCUUGUUUGUGAUGCUUGUGAGAAGGGUUAUCACUUGAAAUGUCUCCACAUAAAUAAUCCAAAAGGAAUUCCUAGAGCAGAGUGGCACUGUGUAAAAUGCUUGCAGUUAAGCAAUGGGAAAGGCUUGCCCCCUAAAUAUGGUCGUGUCAUGAGAAACAAUAAUGUUCCCAAAGUGCCUUCUAGUGCAGCUGCUCUCCCAUCAACUCCAGAUAAGAAAGCAGCCGCUCUAGAUGUGAAGGUGAACCAACAGAAGAUAAUGGUUAAUGGGAAUGCUGCAAGUCAAAGGGCCUCUACUGGUAAUAGAGUAAGUGGUCAUAGCGAUCCAACAUCUGCAUUGAAGGUGGAAAAUACAACCGAAAUACGAGGGAAUACUAUUGUUGGCAAAGGAAAGAUGGAUGACAAGUCAUCUUCACGAAUUUCUUUAAAUAAUCUAACAGAAGCCUCCUGUCCAGUCUCUGUUUCUCCUACUUUGUCAUCAGUUAAAGGCCUGUGUGAAGAGAAACUGCUAGAGUCGAAUUCACAGACUCCUUUAAAAUCUGAGACAGUUCUUAGUUUCUCUUCUCCGUCGCAGUCCCCUGGCAACGCACAAGAUAAUCGCCAGCCAGGGGCACCAAAUAGUGCUGUUCUGUUGCAGCAAUCUUCACAAAAUGAUCAAGGGACUGUGCGAGCUAUUCCUGCUGAAACUUCUGCAGCCAGUUCUGGACUUGCAGAGCAUGGAAAGUUUCUACCAGAUUAUGUACACAAUGUGGAUUGGAUCGGCGGUAUACUUAAAGUCGAUGAGGAGAAAGCUUUCUACCAGUCUUGCUGCAUUAGAGGAGUUGUCUACAAACUCCAUGAUCAUGUUCUUAUUCAAUUCAAUGAUAGAUUGAUUCCGUCAAAACUUCAGGCCAUGUGGGAGGAUAUUAAGAUGAAAACUAGGUGGGUGAGUGUCAAUAAGUGCUACUUUCCUGCUGAUUUGCCACAAGCCGUUGGCCGUCCUUGUGGCCUGGAAAGCAGUGAGGUCUAUGAGUCUACUAUUAGUUGCACAGUAAUGGCUGGCUUGGUACAAGGCCUUUGUGAAGUUCUUCCUCCUGGAAGAUUCAUUGAAGAAAAAGAAAAGAGAACCAAUGGAGGAAAAAGGCCGAAUGAGAGUUUACAGCCACUUUACGUAUGCAAAUGGAUUUAUGAUGAACCAAAAGGGCUGUUUCGUGAUGUUAACUGCUAAUCAGUCAAUUACCAAUCAUUUUGGGUGUCAAUGUCCUUGGGCUUUGGAUGCAGCUACCCUCUGUAGACUUUCUUCAGGUGGUGGUGGCAGCAGAGGCCCCGGGACAACUAAUGGUGGAAUAUUCAGUUCGUGUACAAUCUGUAGUUCUUUUAAUUUGGUUUUCUUUUGGGCUAGAAAUUAUAGCUUUUACAAGUACAUGUAUCGGUUCUCAUAAUAGUUUAUUGAAAAUUUUCUAGUUGUAGUCCAGAGUAGGAACCUUGUCAUGCCCUUUUUUUUUUUUUUUUUUGGGUCAAAAUUACUCGACAUCCUGGGUGGCUUGGCGUAUCUGAUAACUGGCUGUUUUCAGCUCUCUUCCGCAAUUGCGUAAUAUGUUGUCCUGGAUGAAGACAAUCACAAAGUUAGAAAUUAAUAUGUUUUUUUUCGAUCAUUAUGAA